UCACAAUCAUUCCCAGACUUUGGCUUCUGGACGAAUGACUAAGGACGGAAGGAUGUACUGAAAGUUGUUUUCGGACGUUACGGGCAAAAAAAAACGACGUGAUAUUUGCUUCCUUGUUCACCCCUUGAAAACACACCCGUUUGGACUCUACCGAUUUACCGCAAUAAGAAAGGAUGUAUCGAAACUUUGGGAGCCAGGGGAGAGGCAACCCGGCGUACACAGGCACUGUCUCUGGGACGAACUCUGUAACUUUGGGAAGCACCACCGCUUCAACUACACAGCAGGAACAGAAAUUAACAAUGGCUGGCAGCAGUCAGUUUGUACCAAGCCUCAAUGCCAUUACAACCAACCAGGACCUCCAGUGGCUGGUCCAGCCCUCUCUCAUGCAUCCACCAGGUCCUUCAAGAUCUCCAGUCCCUCCUUACCCAACCCUCUCAGGGGCACGGCCACUGGGUCCACAACCGUCACACUCCCAUCUUCUCAGACCAGGGGUCAUAAGAGCAGCUGCAAACACCGCUGUUUCAACCAGGCGUCGGAAUGAUGAACACUUAUCCCAGGAAGAGAUGGAGAGACGUCGAGUAAGGAGGGAGCGGAAUAAACUCGCAGCAGCGAAAUGUCGCAAUCGCCGCCGGGAGCUGACAGAAACACUGCAAAAUGAGACUGACCAGCUGGAAGAUGAGAAGUCACGUUUACAGAAGGAAAUAGCUCAGUUACAAAAGGAGAAAGAGAAGCUCGAGCUGGUCCUGGAGGCUCACCGUCCCAUUUGUAAAAGAGAGGACUCUGAUUCAGAUUCUGACCCAAAUCCAUCAGUUUCCUCUUUAGGAGGCAUCAAAAUCGAGCCCGAGGACUCCAGGAGACCUGGACCCUCAACUAAACUACCUACAAAGAUGGAGAAGCCCAAACCAAAGAUCAUGAUCCCCAGCAAGUCUGUGACAUCUUCUGCCUCUGCUGUUGUCACCGAAUCGGAGUCACUCCACACCCCGGUUCUCAUAUCUACUCCCUCUCUCACACCCUUCACAGCUGGUAUGGUUUUCACCUAUCCGUCUGCCCCGUUAGACACCAGCACAUCCCAUGCUACAUCCCAUCAGGGAAAUGUCCCGCAGUCCAGCGCCCCAGAGCCCUGUGGCAUAGCUCAUCGCCGCAGCAGCAGCAGCGGUGACCAAUCGGAUCACUCCCUGCACUCCCCGACGAUCCUCACUCUGUGAUCAGCAGCCCCGACAUCCCGACUAUACACUGAUGUUCAUUUUGAUUUAAGUCAAAGUGUGCGUGCGACAAAAAAGAUCUCUGGGAAAUAUGAUGGAAAUGAUGAUUGUGAUAACCAUUUCAAAAUGCGUUACGUGCAUCUGCUUCAUUUCAUCCAUUUGGAAAGCUGAGUUUGUAUUUAGACCUGCAAAUUAGUGGCAUUAUCAGGAUAUGAAUGUUACACUCUUUUUUUUUUAGUUUUGAUAUAAAGUCUUUAUAUUUCUCAUUUUAAGAACUAUCUGGUAUGAGAAUGAGCACGUUUGAGUUUUAUUGUGAAAGCAUUGCAUGCACAAUGUAUUCUCUAAAGAAUUAUACAAGCUUUCUAGAGAUUACUGUCAUAACUACAUCUUAUAAUAUAUAAUAUAUUAAUACUGAUAAUUCAGAAUAAUGUUGCAUUUAAUGAUUUGUUACAUGGUCACAUAAUGUUAUGUAACACUUUAUGAACAUCCUCACCAAGGGAAAAAAAUGCUUAAAAAUAAAUGGCUCUUAUUUUUGUAUGAACCUUUUAAGAAUCCUAAAUAUCCUAUGCAAAUUAUUGACCACUAAGGCUGGGCCGGAGGAGUUAAUAUAGAGUAUAUAAUCAUGUAUUUAUUUUAGAGUGUAACAGAGAGAGUGUAAUAUAUUUUUGAUAAUGUUUUUCUGACAAACCGAACUGUUUUGGUGGGCAGUGCCUUACUUUUUUAUCAAUAAAGAACAGCGGUUCACAUGUGCAAAAA